CAUGAAUACCUACGUACCCGUUUCAAAAUUCUCGUUUCAAAUCACAGCAAUCGACCGAGCAGCACAGGUAUUGGGUGAAUGUUACUGUCUGCGACUUCUGUCAAAUCCUGAUCGAUAAUCUGGUCACAAGACAAGGAAAUAUAUCAUGGCCGCCAAUAUACAAGAUGUUAUUAUGCUCGUCGGUGACUCCCUCACUGGACGUGGAUGGGAACGAGGAGGCUUCGCGCAGUUACUUGCGGAAAGAUACAUUCGGAAACUUGAUGUUAUCAACCGCGGCCUUGGAGGUUAUCAAACGGAUUGGGCAAUUCCGGUGUGCGAGCAGAUCUUUGCCAAGCAGCAUGAGCAGCAUUACGCCCCGAAGAUCAAGCUACUUACAAUUUGGUAUGGCGCCAACGACGCUGGACCUGCUCCCAACACACGAUACGUCCCGAGAGACAGAUACAAAGCGAAUCUAAGCCAUCUUAUCCAAAUGGUGAAAUCGCCGACAUCAGCUUACUACUCCCCUGAGACCCGUAUAAUAUUGAUCACCCCGCCACCAGUAAAUACGAAGCAAUGGAGUAAGCCUGAGAGUCCACGAGUAUUUGAGACUACCAGGUCAUACGCGGCAGCUGUCAAGGAAGUAGGCGAGCAAGAGAAUGUGCCCGUUGCGGACAUUUGGACGCAGAUGUUCGACGGCGCCGGUCGAAGGGAGGAGGGAUGCGAAAUAUACUUGACCGAUGGGUUACAUCUGAACAGUGAUGGUUACAACAUUGUCUUCAAGGCCAUCAUCGACAUCGUAGAGCGGGUGUAUCCUGAAAUGGAUACUGCGAAGAUGCAAGAUGUGUUCAUACCCUGGGACCAAGUGGAUUUACAGAAUCCAAGAGCGUCUUUAGUGAAACGGAAAGUACAUCUGUAGUCAUUGGAAUCAUGAUGUAUGGGUGAACAUGUGUUAGUACUUGGAGCCGAAGAAGUUCCAAAACAGGAUUGACAAAAGACAAAAUGCAC